AUGUACGGCUUGUUUUUGGUUUUGGGGUGCUCCAACGCCGUUGCGGCAGUCGGCGGUGACAACCCGAUUGUGGAGGCGCGGUGGCCGUCGAUUUCGGGCCGCGGCGUGCGCGGGUGGCGGUGCCCCGCAAAUGCCAGGGGCGCUGGGGUGCGCUGCGGCCGCGACGCCUCCUUCCUGGGUUUUUGCGCGAGGAGUUCCGCAGCGGAGGUGUUGGGCCCCUCACGGUUGCCAUCGCCACAAACUCUCUUCGGUGCCCGUCACAGCCGUAGGGAUGCGCCCUCCGUGGGGGCCGCCGCGGACGAGAAGAGGCGCGCUCUCUUCGGCACGGAGGGCUCGUCCUCGCUGAGCCGCUCUUCUGUGGGCGGCACAAUUUCUAUGGCAUGUUUCUCAAUUUUGUUGGCUACCACGCUGCGAAAGGGCUGUGGCACGAGCAGCGCCCAUGCCGUUUGUUUGCUUUUGGCAGCAGGUCACCGCUUACUUCGGUGGGCCGCGAUUCCGCUGUGUGUGCAUGGGGGCGGAAGUGAGAUGCCCUGCGCGGGUUCUGCCCUGCCCCGUUUGAAGGCCGUGCGGGGCAUUAGGCUGUGGCAUUGGGGCGCCUCUCCGGCGUCUUGCUCUGCACUUGACCCCGUGCAACUCAAGGCGUGCGCGAUCGUUGCGGCAUUUCCAUGGGGCCUGUUCCUGCCGGCGCGGGGUCGAGGCCGCGCAGCUACGGGGCGGCGAGCACAGCUCGGCACACCUCGGCGUCGAGGAGCCAUGCAGCGCCACCCCGCCAACGCAUUUUGCGCCGCGUGGGGUCUGAAUAGUUGCGGAUGCCCUCUGCCUCCUCACCGGCCUGCGCACAGGUUUUCUCGCAGUGCUCGCCCCGGCGCUGGGCCGUGUUGCUAA